AGGCCUGGAGUUCCUUGCGAGUGCGCAUUGGUCUCGCACAUCAGCACUCUGACUACAAUUCCCAAGGUGCACGGAGAGCAUCUCCCUGUUCAAACCAGCCAAUCGGCGACCGGCGAAGGCCAACGCUGCAUUUAAACCCGUGGCGGAACACCAGCUGGGUUUUCGGCCCUCCGAGUGAAAGGCUAGGGGCGAUCUUCAUGGAAGGAGGAGACGGCCGCGACGUGCCUUCGGCCAGCCAGGCGAGAGAGGUGAAGAUGGAUGCUUGUAGUAAGGAAGACAUUGUUCUUUUGGAAGAUGAAAAAUUUGACUUCGACCUUUCCUUGUCUUCUUCAAGUGCAAACGAAGACGAUGAAGUCUUUUUUGGGGCUGUUGGACAUAAAGAAAGAUGCAUUGCUGCCAGCUUGCGCCUAGGCAGCCAGGUUCCUGAGCAGGCUCUUGCAGCAGCCUCUGGCAGCCCUUUCACCUGGAGCCCUCUCACUGGGGAGAAGUUUGUAGAGGUGUACAAAGAAGCCCACUUACUGGCCCUCCAGAUAGAAAGCCACAGCCGAAGAGAGGUGGCCCAGGCUGCCAAGCCCCAAAAUCCUGGGAACCAGGGUGUGGAAAGAUUUCUGCAAGACUCAAAGCUAAAGAUAAGUCUCUUUGAAAAAGAACAGAAGAGAGAGAAAAGCCCCACGUCACUGAAAAGAGAGACAUUUUGCCUGCCAUCUUCAGGGGUACAGCCUCUCUUAGGGGAGACCCAGCUGCUGGCUUCUCCAGCCCUGCUCAGUUCCCCUGUCCCAGCUGGCCCUGUUGAGACCCAGAGCAACCAGGAUCUGCCCUGCUCCUCUCAGCUGCUGCCAGGGGAAGCAAGGACCUCCCAACCUCCACAUCAGGCUGGGCCUCCGAGGAGGAUCACCAGCAAGCUGCAGCCACCCCGAGCUCUGCCUGUAAGAGGAAAACCUCUUCACCUGGCCACAGAGAAGCUCAAAAAAGAGGUGCCAACUAGUGUUCAGAGGAUGAAACCGCCCAGUCAAAAGGGAUCCCAGAGUGAUGUGCCCGUGGACAAACCCAGCACCACUGCAGAUGCUGCCAAUAGAGGGAGCCGCCCAGGUAAACGAUCCCUCCCGGUUCCUAGCAAGUUGGGGCUGAAGAAGACCCUGUUGAAGCCACCUGGCUACACCAGCAGUCUCGCGAGGAAAUCCUCUGCCUCAGGGUCUGCUUCGAGCCUCACGUGUGGUGCAUGCGUGUCUCCAACAACAGGCAAAGCAAAGUCCAGUGAUCUUUCAAAUGUGACCGCUAACAGCUCUCGGCCUCUGUCAAACACCAGCAAAUUGGGCAAAAUAGACCCCGCCCCUCUGCAUCAGGCUUUGCCAGCAGCCCCUGCCAGGGCAUCUUGCAAACAAGCCAGAGGGGCUGAUGCUGCCCAGACAAUGGUAGAGCAGCCCAAGACCUCCAUCCUGACUCCUCUCAGCCAACCACCUCAGACUCCAGAACAAAGAGGACCAAGGCUGGGCCCUGACACCCUGACAUCCUCUCAGCUGAAUAAAACAAGCAGCAUAAAGCGGCAGGACUCAUACCAAAGCUGCAAGACAGAGGCUGCGUCUACCGAUACAAACCUAUUUAAAGUCCCCCAGUUUUCUGUUGGCGAGUCAAUUGAUGGCAUGACCCCAAAGUUCUCGCGGACACAUCGGCUACAGUCCUGGACACCAACUAGCAGAGUCAUCAGCAGCACUCCUGUGAGGCGCUCAUUGGGGCCCACUUCACAAGGACUGCCCAGCGGUGUGAGGACCCCCGUGAGCGCAAGACGGAUGUCAGCGCUGCCCACACCUGCCAGUCGGCGCCUCUCUGGCCUUCCAUUAAUGGCACCUCAGUCCAUGCCCAGGGCUCUGGCAUCCCCACUAUGUGUGCCUGCCCGGCGACUUUCUUCUGAACCCAGGAGAAGGUCCACAGUCAGGGCGGAGCCAAUACAGGAGAGCAGCAGCAAUGGGCAGGGCGGAGGCCUAUUUUCAGAUGAGAACUCUUCCCCUCCGUCCUCCGUGCCUCAAGCACUUGACUUUUCUCCAGAGAAGAGUGACUUUCCUCCUUCCCACGGCUCCACCACAGGCGCAGCUCAGGGUGAAGCAGAGCCUCAAGAAAACAAAAGCCCCAGAGAGGAUCUUCUCCUGGACAUCAAGCUGGACCAGCUGACCAUCACUCCUGAAGCAGGGGGCAGAGACCUAUCAGACCACCCUCUCAUCGACUUCAGCAACACCCCUGAGUCGAACAUGGCUUUGGGACCCAGCAGCUGGCCCCUGAUGGACCUUAUAAUGAACACUCCAAACAUGGCCAGAAACAAUGUGGGGAAACCGCCAAAGGCUGAGCUUGGGCAGCUGAUCGACCUGGACUCCCCACUGAUUCAGCUGAGCCCUGAGGCUGACAAAGAAAAUGUGGACUCACCACUGCUCAAGUUCUGAGCAGAGCACCUUCUGCCCUUCGCGGUUGACCUCUGUCGUGUCCUCAGACCGUAGACACAAACGUUGGAAGGAAUUGUAUUUGACUGGGGGGAGGCCUGUUAUACUGCUUGUGUAUGGAGUGGCGCCCAGGUAGGGUUCCCACUGUGGACCUAAAAAGUCCACCUAAGUGGCUGCCCGCUCCCUGCCUUGAUUCUUUUGUAUGUAAAAUAGCUAAUGACUGUUUAUAAACUUAAAUUUGUUUGAAAAGUUAAAUAUUCUAGAUUUAAAUUAUAAAGUACAUUAAAAUAUGCUUGAUUUUCAAACUUGAUGUUUGGACAUGGAGCGAUGUUUCCAUCUCUCCAGACAUUAUAGAAGAUUCAUUAUCCAACCUUAAUUUUCAAAAAUGUAGGGAAAUAAAAUUGGUAUAAAUAUCACUCUCUGGUCCACCCCAGGUACACCAGCCUGUCAUCUGGGCAGGCCUAAUAACCUGUAUUGUUGAUACAGUCAGCUAAUUCUGAUGCAGUAGUCUAAGGGGCACACCUUUCAUGGCUGCCCUGAGCUGUGAAGGAGGGUCGCUUCAAAGUGAUAGCCCCUGAGCCUGCCGCUGUCUUCCCUGGGGCACUUCUGAGCACACACCAACCAGAUGAUGUGGGACACUGGGAAGAAGGUCACUGGAAAGCCAGUUCCAUGCUUGAAGCCUCACUUCAGAAAGACUAGUUACCUGGAAGCCACUGACCUAUGGAUGACGGCAGAAAGCACUAUGUGGAGCCCGCUCAUGUCUCUGCUUCAGUCUGGAGCCUCUCUGUCCAUGGUUGGGAUAAAGAAGUCUGGAUGGGUCUCUUAUUCUCUGGUUAUGUGUUGAAUGCAAAGCUGCUAGCUGGAGUAUGGUUACGGCAUCAGCAGGACAAAGUGAGGGGGCACUGCUGCAUCUGCCCAUCCAUCUAAUAUAGAUCCUGCAUGCUGCAUUCCCUGAAGAUAUGGAAGAUUGUUCCCCAGUGGGUGGUAAGUUCUGGAGUCCUGAGCAUUAGCAGUUUAAAGUGCCCUCACCUUCCCAGAUCUAAUCCUCCUUCCACAUGGGAAAAACGAAAUAUGGAAUUGAACUCAUUAAGCAAGUAUUGGGUUUGCAUUAGGGUCUGGGCUGCAUUUCCCUUAGGGUAUAAUAGAGUGUUUGGUGGGGAAAAGCUAUUAACCCAUAAUAACCAGGCUACCUUGGUAGUGUUCACUCAGUGUCUGUACUUGGCUCUUUGCUCUGGCUCAGCCCUUGUGUGCCUUUCCCUAAUGUGGCUGGGCUCUGCUCUGUCUACCAGGACAUCUGAUGUUUGGCAGCCUGUGUUAUAAUCCUUCUGCUUUCCCCUCUGAAGAUGCUCAAAGGCAGCUUUCCUAAGUCCUUGUUCUUCACACAUCCUAAGCUGGCCUUCUUCUU